GAAUGAUGAUUCUACACUCGUCAAACCCCUAGCAGUAUGUAACUGUCCCCUUUCCUUCUUUGGGCGGUGGAUGGUUCAACCAAAUCACGGGACAUCCGAUCGAUGAUGGCGGCCUGAGGCCGGCACGUUUCCCAUUUCUGGCUUUGCGCAUCAGCUUUAGAAACUCAGCUCCUACGUUGAUUACUGCCUUUGGAUGAGCGCUGGGUGCUGUUCGUCAUCUUAUAGACGGAAAUUUGGUGUUGAUCAGGCAUUACCAAAGUAAAUAUCCUCGCUUAUGGCAAUGUUUCGUUUCCAAUUCAGGAGGCUCAUCUUCAUUGCGUAAUGCCCAGCCUGUCUUAACCCUGCAGACAGGACACAACGCAAGCAGUGCACUUCUUAUCUUGCCAGGCAUUUGAUGCCACAACCCUAUCUCAAUCUGUUAAGAGAUGAGAUUUUGUGCCUCUUGUUGAGGAGCGAGCUUUCAUCCGUCCAUUUGCCAAAAUGGAUGACUAUUCCACUACGCAGCCAGAGACCCUGGACGAAAAACAAGACGUACCUAGAAACGAUCCUCCAGGAAAUUUGUUGGAUUCAGACAAUGAGGAUAUCGCUCGGCCCAAGAAAGAGGAAGCGAUCCGAAAAGCAUGCGACUUACGUGAUUUAGAUGCUCUCGUCUCGUAUGCGACCUCUGAGGGCGGUCUCUUGAGCGAUGACCUCAGGCGAUUAGCCUGGCCCAUUUUUCUUCGAAGCGACAGAGAUGUACAAGGCUCGGAUUUCGCAGCUUGGGAAGACCUGCCUUCGCAUGGAGAUGAAGACCAAGUUCAACUGGACGUAAAUCGGUCAUUUGUGUACUAUCCUCAAUGCGCUGAGGAUGAACUGUUGAUGAAGAAGGACGAAUUAUCAAUUCUCAUAAGGGGAGUACUUCGGAAAUACCCGAUGCUUUGUUACUUCCAGGGGUACCAUGAUAUCGUUCAAGUACUACUUCUGGUACUUGGUGAAAAGGGGGCAGCCCCAGCUGUGACCAAUAUCUCCCUGUUCCGAAUUAGGGACUAUAUGCUGCCGUCUCUCACCCCUGCGCUGAAGCAUUUGCAGCUUAUUCCCGCGAUUAUCGAGAAAGCUGAUCCGGCCUUGCGGGAGCACCUCGGAGGCAUAAAACCAUUCUUUGCCCUUGCAGCAACACUCACAUUGUAUGCCCAUGAUAUCCAGGAGUACAGCGACAUUGCACGGCUGUUUGACUUCCUCUUGGCUACGGAGCCUGUCGUGUCUAUCUACCUCUUCGCAGCGAUCAUACUCUCACGCAAGAAGGAGCUGCUGGAGAUUCCUGCAGACGAACCUGAGAUGUUGCACUUUACUCUUUCAAAAUUACCACAGCCUCUAGAUCUGGAUAGCCUCAUAUCGAGCGCUAUGCAACUGUUCAAUGAUUACCCACCUGAGUCUUUGCCUUUCGGGGCUUGGAAGAGGAUCUCUCAGCACAGUGUGCUCAAAUCUUCGCGGGAUCCAUUCAAUAAGCAAACCAGAGACGAAGCAGUACGGCUCCUCGAGAAACAAAUACGACAACUGCAUAACGAGGAACUAAGAGAAAAGGCCAUCACCUUCUUGUGGCAUCACAGGAGGACGGUCGGGUCGGUGGCAGUCGCCAUCUUCAUUGGAGCCAUGUCUAUCUGGAUCCGAAAGAAAGGGUUCGAUACGCCCUUGUGGUCGUAUUUCGCUGGAUUGAAAACGGCUUUUCGCAAGUGGCUUCCUAUGAUUUCGAUGUGACUGCGCUUUUACUAUGGCGCCGACGAGAUACAGUAGAUGUGAGGAGACAUGAAGAGCGUCAAUACCAUGAAGAAUGUGCGACUAUGUACAACAGUACCAUUAAUCAAAAUAAUCUGGC